AGAAGUCGGGCGCCAGGAGACAAAGAGUAUCCGAGUGGGCUUGGGGACGAAGGCAAGGCCUCCGGUUCCAAUCAGUGUGACAUUGGUGGAGGAGUCGGUGGCAUCUCAAAGCAACAUGGAUUAUAAAUCUAGCCUGAUCCCGGACGGAAACGCCAUGGAAAACCUGGAGAAGCAGCUCAUCUGCCCCAUCUGCCUGGAGAUGUUUACCAAGCCAGUGGUCAUCCUGCCCUGCCAGCACAACCUCUGCCGGAAGUGUGCCAACGACAUCUUCCAGGCUGCCAACCCCUACUGGACCAACCGCGGUGGCUCAGUGUCCAUGUCCGGAGGCCGUUUCCGGUGCCCCUCGUGCCGCCACGAAGUGAUCAUGGACCGGCAUGGGGUAUACGGCCUCCAGAGGAACCUGCUGGUGGAGAACAUCAUUGACAUCUACAAGCAGGAGUGCUCCAGUCGGCCCCUGCAGAAGGGCAGCCACCCGAUGUGCAAGGAGCAUGAAGAUGAAAAAAUCAACAUCUACUGCCUCACCUGUGAAGUGCCUACUUGCUCCCUGUGCAAGGUGUUCGGGGCCCACCAGGCCUGUGAGGUUGCCCCGUUGCAAAGCAUCUUCCAGGGACAGAAGACUGAGCUGAGUAACUGCAUCUCCAUGCUGGUGGCCGGGAAUGACAGAGUGCAGACCAUCAUCUCUCAGCUGGAGGACUCCUGCCGAGUGACCAAGGAAAACAGCCACCAGGUGAAGGAGGAGCUGAGCCAGAAGUUUGACACCCUCUACGCCAUCCUGGACGAGAAGAAGAGUGAGCUGCUGCAGCGGAUCACGCAGGAGCAGGAGGAGAAGCUGGGCUUCAUUGAGGGCCUGAUCCUCCAGUACCGAGAGCAGCUAGAAAAGUCCACCAAGCUUGUGGAAACAGCCAUCCAGUCCCUGGACGAGCCUGGAGGGGCCACCUUUCUCUUGAGUGCCAAGCAACUCAUCAAGAGCAUCGUGGAAGCUUCCAAAGGCUGCCAGUUGGGGAAGACAGAGCAGGGUUUUGAAAACAUGGACUACUUUACCCUGGAUCUAGAACACAUAGCGGAAGCCUUGAGGGCCAUCGACUUUGGGACAGAUGAGGAUGAAGAGGAGUUUAUUGAAGAAGAAGAUCAGGAAGAGGGCGUGUCCACAGAGGGGAAAGAAGGACACCAAUGAGGAGCUGGAUGAGCGAGAUACCCAUACCCUCUGGAUGCAGACACUUGGGGAGGAGGGCGACAGGCCCUUGGGAGGGGGUGGGGGCUCACGGGGGGGCACACAGUGAGGGGAGUGUGUCUAGUCUCUGCUCAGAGAGUAGGGACUAGAGCAGGACGCUCCCACCACUGUGUCCAGCAGCUUCGGAAACACGAUCGGAAGUGUGUUUAGAACGUCACAGGACACUUUUCUACGUUGGUGCAAAGAAAAAAAGAAAAAAAGAAAGAUUUUGUAUGUUUUUAAAAUGUGAUUUUCUUUUUGUAUAUACUUGUAUAUGUACGCCAAUUUGGUGCUUUUUGUACGAGAAUUUUUGUACGAUCACGCCCGGUCAUUGUGUGACUGGCGAUUGUCACAGGGUGGGAAGGAAGCCACAAGAAUAGAACUACUCACUUCCUUUCCUUGCUGGGUCUCUCUCAAAGGCCCAGAAAGGGGCAAUUGUACUGUAUUCCUGUGCCCAUCCCCAAACACAGGGAGAGACUGAGUUUGUGUUAUGUGUUGUAUUAAUAAAUGUACAAGGGGGCUGGGCGUGGGGGCACACACCCUUUGAUCCCGGCACCCUGAGGCAGAGGCAGUUGGAUCUCUCUGAGUUCUAGGCCAGCCUGGUCUACAUGGAGAGUUCCAGACCAGCCAGGGCUACGGAGAGAGACUCUGUCUCAAAGAUAAAAAAUGAAAAAGAAUAAAAAAUAAACUCAAUGCUUUUUUUUCCUG